GAGCAAGUUUGCAUCAAGGUUGCUUUGAGAUGCGUGCCAGGGCGCAGUGUGGCGGCUUGGGCCGCAACCUCGACGGCCAGCCGGUGCCGGAGAGUGGGAAGAGUAAAUAAAUGGCCUCCCACGCCCGCCAAAUAUUGUCCUCCUCGACCUCUUUCGCCGCGUUCCCCGACUCCUCUCGACUUGUGUCUCUCUCUUUUUCUCUUUCUCUCUAGGGUUUUCUUGCCUCCACCGCUUCCCUGUGCGACUGGGAUCCGCCGCUCGCAAUGGUGGCUUCGUGCUCGAGGCCCUGGAUUUUCGCCGGAGGCGCUGCGAAAGCAUCGGAUCCGAGUGGAAUGUUGCCUCGAUUUCCGGCGGUGACGAAGCGUUCUUUGUCACUUGAUCGGGGCGCUGUUGCUUGGAGGGAGCUGGCUCUAGGCUGUAGGUCCGAUCGGCAUUCCGGGAAUGGAUCCGCCGACGAGACCUCCGGCGGCGCGGAGGAAAAUGAGCGGUUCGUCGGAUGGUUUCGGCAGGCCUGGCCUUACAUAAGAGGUCACAGGGGAAGCACGUUCGUGGUGGUGAUAUCGGGGGAGGUCGUGGACAGCUCUCACUUGGAUAGCAUUCUUCAGGAUAUUUCACUCCUUCAUGGUCUUGGGAUCAAAUUUGUCCUUGUUCCUGGAACCCAUUGCCAGAUUGAUAAGCUCUUGACAGAAAGAGGAAGCAAGGGCAGGUAUGUUGGUCGAUAUCGAAUUACUGAUACCAAGUCACUAGAGGCUGCAAUGGAAGCAGCUGGAAGAAUUCGACUGAUAAUAGAAGCAAAACUUUCUCCGGGACCACCUAUAUUAAGUCUCCGCCGACAUGGUGAUAAUGAUCGUUGGCAUGAACUUGGCGUUAGUGUGGCAAGUGGUAACUUCCUUGCAGCUAAGAGAAGAGGAGUAGUUGAUGGUAUUGACUUUGGAUCAACUGGUGAGGUGAAAAAGAUAGAUGUUCCACGUAUACGGGAAUGGCUUGACAAAGAAUGUAUAGUCAUAGUGAGCAAUCUGGGUUACUCUAGUGCAGGAGGAGUUUUGAAUUGCAAGUAUUUUCGGAGGGUUAAAUCUGUGAAAUCAGGUGUUCCGCUCGGUACACCGUACCGUACCGUACCGAGCCCAGGUCGAAACGUCGGUAUGGUAUGCACUUAUGAAGUUGCUACUGCUUGUGCCUUAGCUAUCAAAGCAGACAAACUGAUCUGUAUUACGGAUGGUCAGAUUCUUAAUGAACAGGGAUGGCCUAUUCGUUUUUUAACCCUUCAAGAUGCAGAUAUGUUGAUUAGAAAACUCGCUAAGCAAAGUGAAAUAGCUGCAAACUAUGUCAAGGUUGUAGGUGAAGAAGCCAUUCCUUCCAAAUGCUAUAUUGAUUCACACGAAGAUGGCAAUCUGCCAUGGGACGAAAAAGGCUAUAAAGGAAGGUGCAAUGCAAUGUUUCAGAAUGGUGUUGGUUUUGACAAUGGAAAUGGUCUAUGGUCUGGAAAACAAGGAUUUGCCAUUGGUGGUGAAGAACGGUUGAGUAGAUUAAAUGGUUAUCUCUCAGAGUUGGCUGCUGCAGCAUAUGUUUGCAGAGUUGGAGUUCAAAGAGUUCAUAUAAUAGAUGGUACACUUGGUGGGGCCUUGCUGCUAGAAUUAUUUACAAGAGAUGGUGUGGGGACAAUGGUGGCUAGUGAUGUUUACGAGGGAACACGAUCAGCUAGAGCAGCAGAUCUUCCAGGCAUUAGAAGAGUUAUUCAACCUUUAGAAGAGUCGGGUGCACUGAUUCGGAGGACUAAUGAAGAGCUUCUCAAACAGUUGGAUUCAUUUAUGGUUGUGGAAAGAGAUGGUUCAAUCAUUGCUUGUGCUGCCCUUAUCCCCUUUUUUGAUAAUAAUUGUGGAGAAGUUGCUUCUAUUGCGGUGUCCCCAGAAUGCCGUGGACAAGGACAGGGGGAUAAACUGUUAGACUUCAUUGAGAAGAAGGCAUCACUGCUUGGACUAGAGAAACUUUUCCUGCUUACAACUCGUGCUGCAGACUGGUUUGUGAGACGUGGCUUCACAGAGUGUUCUAUUGAGUCCAUUCCAGCAGAGAGGAGGAAACGAAUUAAUCUGUCACGUGGAUCAAAAUACUACAUGAAGAAGCUACAAAUGGAGGAAGGUGGUAUUAGCAUAAACAAAAUUGCAUCAGGUAGUACAUAGCUUGUAUUUUUCUUGCUAAGUUUGCUAAGUUAUUUGGCUAUAUUAGUUCAUAAUUGUCUGGUGUUGUAUUAAGCAUAUUGUUUGUUAUUUAGUAAAGCACAAACUGGGAGGCAUAAUUAUGGCCGAUGUGAUCAGGGAAUUAUCCAAUAGUCUUGAUCUUGUGGAUAUCAUAUCUGAUCUAAAUAAUAGCGUCCACACCGUAUUCGCAGGUUGUUA